UAGGUCAAUAUCCAACCAAAAGGGUGAAGUAUGGCGUCUGUGUACACUAUCACUACUGGUGAAACGCUGAACACCCACGAAAGCUUCAAGUCACAUCUCCCUUGGGGUUCAUGCAAAAAUGUGUCUAACAUCACAGACUGUGACGUCAUACUCGCUUUCUGUCCUGUCACGUCUCGAGUCGGAACUGACAUUGAGGCAGCGUUGCGGGCCAUUCCAGAGGGUAAACCUUUGGCGUUGGUAGUGCUUCACCACACAUUUGACAGCAACUACACUUUGCCCGACACAAAGAGGUUCAUGAAGCGGCCCGGCUCCAUCACUGUGGACUGCCUGUUCACUGAUGAUGGACUGAUGAGAUGCCCUUGUAAUGAUGGCGCAGUGCGUGCUGUCGCCAAGUUCCUGCAGCAACAUGGGAAACACAGUCUGAGAGGCAAGCUGGCCCUGGGCCUGCUCAUCCUCAUCUUGUUGUGUGUGGCAUUUGCCAAGAUAGCAGCUGAGAUGGAAAGAGAAGCAAAGAAAUGUAGAGAGCAAGCAGCUGAGUUAAUUCCUACCAAGAAAGAACUUGAACUGAUGCAGCAAAACUACAAGACAUUAGAGGGGGAACUAAUUAAAACAAUUAACUCUCACAAGAAAGAGGUUGAAAACUAUAAGGAAUUGAACAGGAAAGCAAAUGAAAAAAUUAACUAUCUAAAGGAAGAGGUUGAAAGCUAUAAGGAAUUGAACAGGAAAGCAAAUGAAAAAAUUAACUGUCUCGAGGAAGAGGUUAAAAACUAUAAGGAAUCGGACAGGAAAGCAAAUGAAAAAAUGAACUCUCUUGGGGAAGAGGUUGAAAACUGUAAGGAAUUGUACAGGAAAGCAAAUGAAAAAAUAAACCUUCUCGAGGAACAGGCCUCACAUGACACAGCCAUAGAAAGGAAUGAUGAAAAGGAUAAACAGCCUGAUGAGAAAGAGGCAAGCAAUUUAAAAAAUGUGCUGCUCAUGUUGUCCCUUUUGAUUCUAUCACCAUGUUGUGCCUAUUACUAUAUAUAUGGGAGGGGCAAAAGGGGGCAGAUACAAGGGAGGGACAAUAAUGGGCAGAGACAGGGGAAGGGCAAAAUGGGGGAGGGGGGCAGUGGAGGGGCAGAAAGGGCUGGAGACAGUGGAGGGGCAAAAUGGGGUGGGGACAGUGGAGGGGCAGAAAGGGCUGGAGGCAGUGGAGAAAACAGUGGAGGGGCAGAAAGGGCUGGAGGCAGUGGAGAAAACAGUGGAGGGGCAGAAAGGGCCGGAGGCAGUGGAGGGGCAGAAAGGGCCGGAGGCAGUGGAGGGGCAAAAUGGGGUGGGGACAGUGGAGAGGCAGAAAGGGCGGGAGGCAGUGGAGAGGACAGUAGCUCCUGA